AUGCGACCGCAACGGGAAUACCACAUCGUCGUGUUGGGCGCUGCUCAAUUCGUCCAAAAUGUUUGGAUCGAGAGCUAUGAUCCCACAAUUGAAGACUCAUACCGGAAGCAAAUCGAGGUAGAUAAAUGUAUGCCCAAUCAACCAUACCUACCGAGCCAUACCGAGUUGGAUUUGGAAGAACUGCUCACUAACCCCACCCUUUUCCAGUCUGGACACCGCAGGAACGGAACAAUUCAAGAGCUGUAUAUGAAACAAGGCCAAGGGUUCCUCCUCGUAUUCUCCAUCACCAGCGCGUCGUCACUGAACGAACUAUCGGAACUACGAGAGCAAAUUACCCGCAUCAAGGACGACGAGAAGGUCCCCAUCGUGAUUGUAGGAAACAAAUCGGAUCUGGAAGAGGAUCGUGCGGUGCCUCGUGCUCGCGCAUUCGCGCUCUCGCAGAGCUGGGGCAAUGCUCCCUACUAUGAGACCUCGGCCCGCCGACGAGCCAAUGUCAACGAAGUGUUCAUUGACCUCUGCCGACAAAUCAUACGGAAAGAUCUGCAAGGCAGCUCGUCGAAGAGCAACGACAACCAACCGCGCAAACGGGAAGGACCCAACCGAAACGACAAAAAGAAGGACAGAAGACGUCAACCUCGACGGAGGGGACCGUGCGUGAUCCUCUAA